GCCAUGUUGAAUUGUCAAUAUCCCGAAAGAAAAAGACAAAAGAGUGAAACUCGGUGGAUUUCUCGAAAAAGCGACUAUUAUUUACCAAACUUAAUUAAACUGUCGAUGAAACGUUAAAGAACAGAACAACGGAGAAGACAAAUGGUAGAUGUAGCAAAGUGAAAGUAGCAUCUUUCUCCGACUGGGUAACCUGGAUUUUUUUUGUUGAUCGGCAAUUCCCAAGCACUUUGCAGACUGUCAUCUCAACUAAGAAGUAAAGGAAACCGGAGCAAGAUAACCACAGACAAAGUGGACUGACCAUUAAGGACAGAAUAUCUGUGAUAAUUUUUUUUGAGCCAGCAUUGAGCCCCAGCAAAGACUUUUCACAAGAAUAGUCUUGAGAGGUGACCAUACUGUGGACCUGACCAAGCAGAUCUUUUUUUUUUUUUUUUACUACUGGCCAUUUUGAAUGUACAAACAUAGCACUUGGACUUGAAAAGCCAAGAAACUUGAAGAAUACAAAAAGAAAAAUCUGGAUCAUCAAUACAGCAAGGACAAGAGUACUCACACAUCCAUUUUGAAUGAAGAGAGUAUGUUUUGGUCACAUAUUUGAUUUAUUUAUUCAUAUGAAUGUUAAUUUCUCCCUUUUUUGGAGAGUUGUCUUGUAAAUAGACAUAAUUCAUACGCAGGUCUCUUCUUUUCAAGAGGCCUGACUGUCAGAUUGUGUACACAAUACAUUCUUUAAGAAAAAGAGAAGAAUUUUUAGUUUUUCAAAUUUUACACACGGUGCAUUAAGCAAAACCGAUCAGUGAAAAAGAAGCAACUGUGGAAAACUCCCAGUCACUGUUGAACCCAUGGCGACGGCAAGAACAGCAAACCAAGCACCAAUGAUUGGAUUGACUAAACCAGCAAAUGGGCAGCUGAGAGCACAGCCAGGACUCCUUGCUCCUGCACAACAGCCCAAUGCCCUCCAGAAAAGGACCAGCAUUCCCCAAAGCAGUGGGGGCAUCAAGUUUGGUGAUGACUGGAAAAAGUGCCUGGAACUUCCUCCAAGAGACACCAGGAUGAAAACUUCGGAUGUGACAUCAACUAAGGGAAAUGAAUUUGAAGACUACUGCCUAAAGCGAGAACUACUAAUGGGAAUCUUUGAAAUGGGAUGGGAGAAACCUUCCCCUGUCCAGGAGGAAAGCAUCCCCAUUGCUUUGUCAGGCAGAGAUAUUUUGGCCCGGGCCAAGAAUGGCACAGGAAAAAGUGGAGCCUACCUCAUCCCUCUCCUGGAGAGGUUAGACCUGAAGAAGGAUCAUAUACAGGCCAUAGUAUUGGUGCCAACAAGAGAGUUGGCCCUGCAGGUGAGCCAGAUCAGCAUUCAGAUCAGCAAGCACCUCGGAGGGGUCAAAGUCAUGGCUACCACAGGCGGCACCAACUUGAGGGAUGACAUCAUGCGUCUUGAUGAAACAGUGCAUUUAGUGAUUGCGACACCAGGCAGGAUUCUUGACCUGAUGAAGAAGGGUGUGGCCAAAAUGGAUAAGAUCCAAAUGGUUGUGAUGGAUGAGGCAGAUAAGCUGCUCUCCCAGGACUUUGUGGUCCUGAUUGAAGAUAUAAUCAGCUUCAUGCCAAGGGAUCGACAGAUCCUUCUUUACUCGGCUACUUUCCCCAUCAGUGUGCAGAAAUUCAUGAACAAGCACCUAAAGAAGCCUUAUGAAAUCAACCUGAUGGAGGAACUGACCUUGAAGGGCAUCACUCAGUACUAUGCCUAUGUGACUGAAAGACAGAAGGUCCACUGUCUCAACACACUCUUUUCUAGGCUUCAGAUCAACCAGUCCAUCAUCUUCUGUAACUCCACCCAGAGGGUCGAGCUUCUGGCCAAGAAAAUCACCCAACUGGGUUAUUCGUGCUUCUACAUUCAUGCAAAGAUGAUGCAGGAAUACAGGAACCGCGUGUUCCAUGACUUCAGGAAUGGAUUGUGCAGAAACUUGGUCUGCACAGACCUGUUCACCAGGGGAAUCGACAUCCAGGCAGUAAACGUUGUCAUCAACUUCGACUUCCCCAAAAAUGCAGAGACCUACCUGCAUCGCAUCGGCAGAUCAGGGCGUUUUGGUCAUCUGGGUCUGGCCAUCAAUCUGAUAACCUCAGAUGACCGCUACAACCUGAAGAACAUUGAGGAUCAACUCAUCACUGACAUUAAGCCCAUCCCCGGCAGCAUUGACAAGAGUCUGUAUGUGGCAGAGUUCCACUCGGUCGACCCAGAUGAUGACAUGGACAACGACACCGAAGCCAAAAACAAGGAUCUGUUAGACAUCUGAGUAAACGAAGAAAUACAGCGACUGGCAUUCAUCACACAAAACGAGCUACGUAUCACACAAGAUUCCAAGUGAUGGAGAUUUCUGUUGUCCAUUUCACCACCAAAAUGGUCAAUUUUAGAUUUUUCAUUUUCCAGUUUGAGUUUACAGCCGUCUUCUGUUCGUCUGUGUAUAUGUUUGUAAACUGGUAUCAUCCCACUGCCACUUCAAUCAGUUGAGCUUUCUGCCGGCUCUCUUCAUUGUACAUGUGAUUUGGGCUAUUGCUUAAGUCUGUCAUUGAACUCUCAACAAUAGACCAACAUUGCCAUUGACUUUUUUUUCUACUUUGCUGUAAGAAUGAAAAUGUGAAACCAAAGGUAGACUGAGAGGAAGGAGCCCAGCUCACAUCCUUGCUGUGCAGAUGAACUACAUAUGGCACUGUGCACAUCCUGCUGACAUGCCUUUUUGAGCAGAUGCUUUAAAGGAAACCUAUCCUUUUUAACAACCCACACUCAGUGGCUACUAUACUAGCUGCACCUUUCUCGUGCUGGAUCAGACCCUAGUGGUCUGAAAUGAAAACGGUAGUGGAAACAUUCCUGAGAGACUGGUUCAUGUUGACAUGAUGGGCUCAUACAGUUGCUGUCAGACUGAGAUGUUGAUGGAUUCAUGUUUUUGAUUCACCAGAAUUUGCAUUUUGCUGCUAAAAUUGAGAUUCUGAAGACCAGGUGACAUUUUUCCAAUCAUCUGCAAUGUUGGUGAACUUGUUUCUUCGAGCCUCAGUUUUUUUGUCGGCAUACCUCUGCUGUGACACAUGAUUAGCUGUUACAGCUGUCUUCCUGUCAGCUUGAACCAGUCGGACCAUUUUUUUUUCUCCUUCAGAAAGUUAUACUAAUAAGCAGGUGUACCUAAUAUUGUGGCCACUGAGUGUAGUUUUUUUUUUUUGUAACUUUUGCCAUCAUUCCAGGUUGGUUAUAAAAAUCCUUCGCCCACCAACUUAAUUGCUGACAUCUGGCUGGUAAAAUAAGGCAGAUUUUUACACAUAUCCAUAGUGUAACCAAAUUACCAUCUUUCAAAGGGGAACCAAAGGUGGAAGAGUAGACAAAUAAUUGCAAAAAGUAAAAAAUAAGAUUGCUUCAGAAACCAAAAUGACCACUUUGUUCUAAAAGAUGUUUAAAGAGGGCUGCUAUGGUGCUCCAGUACAGAGCACCUGAAACUUUGUCGCUUAUGGUGAACUUACUACUUUUAUAUUAAAGUGUUUAUUGUUGAAAUGAGAUGUGUAAAGAUGACAGUGCGUUGUCAGUGACACUAUAGUGCAUGUUGUCCAAGCACACAUCCAGUCGGUCAGUAUUUGUGAAAAUUUUUUUUUGAUCCCUUUAAAGUCAUAGCAGCAGGCAGUAUUUUCUCAGGUCUUGGGGUUAUGGGUUAUAAACAAGACAGGAUGAGGCGGGCCUUGUUGAAACCGGCCAACUUUUUCUGUCAUUUGUCGAUUCUGUGUCCCCUUUUCCCUCCAAGUGCCUUCUGUCAAACCUCUACUUUUGCUGAGGCUCAUCCCAAGUUUGUAUCGGUGGUAAAAUGGCACCCCAACAAUUCUUUUAGUUUUUAAAGCACAGAAGCCGUCUGAAGGGGUUUGCAUUUUUUUCAUUAUUUGUAAGAAAUGCAUUUGUCUUAUGAGGAAUUGUAAAUACGACUGUCUGAAUAUAUUGCAGCCUUGGACUUCUUGACUUCAGCACAAUGUCACAAAAGAUAUGCAUUUAAAAUUUAAAUCAUUAAUACUGUGAAAUUUCCAGCUUAUUACAUUACUGCCGAGCACCAGCAGGGAAAGAACCUGUUUGUGUGUGCCCUCUCUAAAGCAUCUGAAGUAGUAAUUAUCCCUAACUUUCCUUCAUGUCUGACUCUGGAGUUCCCUUGUUGAUUGAUUUUGGUUCCCCAAUUUUUUAGCCUCAGACCAGGCAACACUUGAAUCAAAACAUUACUAUUUUCUUAGUGGGUUUAUAACUUGAGACCAUUUUGUCCCAUCACUGUAUUCUGAAGAAAUGAAUACCGUCAUUACAGACAGGCAAAAAUUUUCUGUUAAAUGUGUCAAUGCCAGUGAUCGAAACCCAAUUAAAGUCCAACUGAAUUAC